UGGGAAGUGCGGUAAUGUAACAAGGGUAAAGUUUAGUGGUAGCUUUUUGAAGACAUUUAGGAAUUAAAAAAGUGCCUUUCUGGAAAUGAGUGCAAGCAGCUUCACAGAGGUCAGCACUGUCCUGAACCACAAAAUGGACGUAGACAUUCCGGACCUACCCAGCGGACCUUUAGACAUUUAUCGAAAAAAAGCAUCUUUCAGCUGGAAGGACAUGGUGAGAUUUCUGGAUGGUGAAGAAAUCACUGCUUUCAAGAACUAUGUGUUCCGGACAUUGGAGAAUGAUCCGAUCUUUGCGCGGCAGCCAGGCGAGGAUGUCCCGAUCGAGAAGGUGCGGGAACUCGCGUUCCGUCGCUGCAAGCAGCUGUUCAAGUACAACUUCCUGACCCAGGAGGAUGUGAUGGCAAACCCGUGGAAGACCAUAGUGUUAAACGACUGCCUGGGCAUGUACGACUGGAGCAUGGGAUCCAAAUAUUUCCUUAACAAAGGGAUGUUUGGGGGCACAGUGGCCAAUUCUGGAUCUCAGAGGCACAAUAAAUUUGUACAAGACACUGAACACAUGAUGGUGUUCGGGUGCUUUGCACUGACGGAGCUGAGUCAUGGCAGUAACACGCGAGGCAUGAGGACCACGGCCAAGUACGACCCCAGCACUCAGGAGUUUGUGAUUAACACUCCGGAUUUUGAGGCUGCUAAGUUCUGGGUGGGGAACCUGGGUAAGAAUGCCACUCAUGCUGUGGUGUUUGCUCAGCUCUACACGCCUGACGGAGUCUGCCACGGUCUGCACUCCUUCGUCGUGCAGGUUAGGGAUACGAAAACGUUGCUGGCCAUGCCGGGGGUGAUGGUGGGAGACAUGGGAAAGAAACUGGGCCUGAAUGGAAUCGAUAAUGGGUUUGCGGUGUUUCAUAACGUGAGAAUACCACGGGAAAACCUGCUCAACAAAACAGGUGACGUCACCCCAGACGGACGAUACGUAACACCAUUCAAAGACCCCAAUAAGCGAUUUGGGGCGUCUCUGGGGGCGUUGUCGGGGGGCAGGGUUUCCAUUAGCAGGAUGGCUGUGGUGAACCUGAAGCUGGCGUUGACGGUGGCAGUGCGUUUCUCCGCCACGCGCCGGCAGUUUGGGCCCAGGGAGGACGAGGAGAUUCCCGUGUUGGAGUACCAGCUGCAGCAAUGGCGUCUGAUUCCAUAUCUAGCAGCAGCAUAUGCCUUGGAUCACUUCUCUAAAACGUUCUUCAUGAACUUUGUGGAGUUUCAGAUUGGCCUCCUCAUGAAAGACAGCAGUGACAGGCAGGCUGAGUUGGGAAGAGAGAUCCAUGCUAUCUCAUGCAGCAGUAAACCCCUGGGCUCAUGGACAGCUCAGCGGGGGAUCCAGGAAUGUCGCGAGGCAUGCGGAGGACACGGUUACCUGGCCAUGAAUCGCCUGGGUGACAUUCGCAACGACAACGACCCGAACUGCACGUACGAGGGAGACAACAACGUCCUGCUGCAGCAGACCAGUAACUACCUGCUGAGCUGGCUCCAGUACAGACAGCAAGGGAAAGGGAAGAUUGAGUCUCCUCUGGGGUCAGUGGACUUCCUGGAGGACAUGGGCUCCAUACUGAAGAGCAGGUUCACGGCUCAGUCAGCAGAGGAGUGCAUGGACUCGGCAGUGCCUUUGGCGGCGUAUAAGUGGUUGGUGAGUUUUUUGUUGGGGGAGAGUCAGAAGAAGCUGGCCCUGGAGAAGGCAGCAGGUCUGGGAGACUUUGAUGCCCGCAACAACAGCCAGGUGUAUUACUGUCGUUCGUUGGCGAUUGUCUUCAUUGAGCACAUGGUCCUGCAGCGUUUCCAUGAUUUGACGCGCGAUUUGGAUACUCCUGCUGAUCUCAGACCAGUGUUACAGAGACUCUGUGCCCUCUAUGGCCUCUGGACCCUCACUAACCACAUGACCAUCCUCUACCAGGGUGGCUAUUUCUCUGGUAAAGAGCCAGUUGACUUUGUCCAGACGGCCAUUCUCACACUCUGUGGGCAGUUGAAAGAUGAAGCUGUGGCCCUGGUGGAUGUAAUGGCUCCUCCUGACUUCAUCCUCAAUUCACCCAUUGGCAAAGCAGACGGUGAGCUCUAUAAGAACUUGUGGGCCACAGUUACUCAGGGAAAGGAUGUUCUGGAUCGUCCGUCCUGGUGGGCAGAGUUCUGCUUCGACAAGCCGGACGUUGGGUGUCUCCGAGCCAAGCUGUAGCGUGUCCCGGGUGACGGGGCCGAGUUUCCAUGACAACACAAAACUUUGACCCAAGCCACCCUACACUUUUUUUGAUGCUCUAGCCUGCAUUCUUAAGUUUCUGCCAUUGUAUUCAUGUGGUGCUCUUGAUUGAGUUUUGAUUGGGAGAUAAUCACGAGUGUGGGCGGGACAUCUGUGACCCAUUAAUUCUGCUUUGUGCUCAGAGUGAUCACUCAUUGACUCCACGCUCAUCGGUGUUGGGUGUAAUGAGGAGAAAACACACAUGCUACAGAGCCUCUCAUACUGUAAUUGUACAAUCAUAUGCUAAGUAUAUGAAUGCCUGCCUUAACUGAGGGAAAAUAUCAUUGCUAAAUGGAAAUAAAUAAUCAGUUAUUUUCUGAAAUAACUUCACACAGCGGGAACAGCAUAGGAACAGCAUUGGAAUUCCGUUAGAUGCAGGGUGAUUAUGCACUGGCCACCAAAGAGCAACUGAUUCUCACAGAAUCACCGCACCAGAAACACUUCAAACAUUUCACACAGCAGUUUGCUUCUCUGCCUCGCCGUACUGUUUUAACAAACACUAAAAAAAUGUGUUAUGUGUCUUCUGUCCUUAAACUAAGUCAAUGUGGGAAAAUGCCCACUUUAAAAGAAGAGAACAGAUGAAAUAUUUUUGUAAUGGUGCUCAUAACCGUAGUCAGAUCUGUGCAUGAGUGUUGUUAAUUUUGUACAUCAUAGUGAUAUAUUUAAAUUGUAGAAAAAAAAAUAAUUCAUCUUUUUGUGAAAAUAAUUAAAGAGAUUCUACCUGUA